AACAGUGAACUCAUGUCUGAAAUGGGAAAUUUAAUCUCCAAAAUGAAUGGAACUUCAGCUGAACUGUCAAUAGGGAAAGGGAUUGAGGGAAUCAUAGUGAAACAAACCAAUCCUCAGGAACUGGAUGAAGUUUCCUUUGCUUAUCAGGAUCCAAAUGACAAACUCAAAAUUAUAGAAGACCGUGAGUAUCUUGAAGGAUUUUUGAGGUCUGUCUCCAUUCCCAAGGAGGCUUUUGAAAAGGCUUUCAGUUCAAACAUCACUUUACCCUUUGCAGCUGUUCUCAGGUUUAUGAAUUUGUCUCAGGAUGAAAGUAACAGUAGUGUACUAAAUAAUGAGGUUGUGGCCAUUGAGAUGGGCGCUGAGAUCAAGAAUCUCACUGACACAAUAAGCAUCAACUUUAAUAUUUUGAAUGAAUCAAAAUUUAGAAAUUUAAAGAAAGAGUAUGAACCCAUCUGUCGGUCAUGGAAUGGUGAAGGAAGUAAACCCAACUGGACUGUAGAAGGAUGUACAACCAUCUUAGAUGGUAAUGGUGUUAGAUGCAGGUGUUCACAUCUCACCUUCUUUGCUGUCUUGCUGACUCCCCUUAAUCAAACCAUCUCCAGUCACGACCUUAACAUCCUCACUAUGAUCACGCAGGUUGGGUGCGGCUUUUCCAUUUUCUUCCUGGGCAUAAUCCUCUUCAUGUACUUCCUUAUAAGGAAGACCCAGGCUAGCACUGCCACACAAAUCCUCAUCCACUUGAUCUGUGCCUUGCUCCUGCUGAAUUUAACUUUCCUCGUCAAUCACUUUGUGGCAGACAUGAACAGUGAGGUGGGUUGUGAGGUGAUGGCAGCGGUGAUGCACUACUGUAUGUUGGCCACUUUCAGCUGGUUUGCUGCACAGGGCUUCCACCUCUGUCUGCAGCUGCACAGGGGAGGAAAUAUUACCAUAAGGCGCUACGUACUCAAAGUCUCCGUUUUCACCUGGACUCUGCCUGGUAUUUUGGUGAUUAUUCUGGGCAGCUUGAGAAAAUACGGUAAACAGACCAUCUACACUGACGACCCUGAAAACAACGUGGCAAUGUGCUGGAUAACGGACAAUAACAUCCACUACGUCGUCAACAUUGGCUACUAUUCGCUGGUCUUCCUCUUCACCAUCACCACCGUCAUCAUCAUUCUGUCCUGGCUCUGUUGUCUCAAGAAAACCAAGGCAGCCAGCCCAAAGGAAAACAGAAGUGGCAGCAGGAUAGUGAUCAUCAUGGGUCUUUGUUUCCAGCUCGGGGUCACGUGGGGUUUUGCUUUCUUCGCCUACGGGGACUUUCGGAUGAUAGCCACCUACAUUUUCACAGUCCUCAACUCUUUCCAAGGUUUCUUCCUCUUCAUCUAUUACUAUAAGACGAGCCGAGUUUCACCAAAUGCCACCGAUGAGAAGGGUAAUAGCAGCAGCGUCAGCACCCUGAAGUCCGGACUGGAGAACAUUGUGAACCCCUAUGUGUCUUUUGAGAAAGAGAAAGCGAAGUGAUUUAAAAUGCGGGAAAGAGAUUCCAAAAAAGGUAGUUAUCCAUGUAAAGUACUGUCCUUUAGUGAUAUUUAUCCCCUGAUUUAUAUUAUAAAAACUUUAGUUUAAGAAGUAUUUUGUCUAAAAUAAAAGGCAUGUCAAUCCAUUUUUCUUUUAAGUACAAAGUAAAUAUUCAACCCAACAGCAUGUAAAUAAGUUUCCUUUAAACAGGACAUGAUUUCUAUGCUUUAACGGUAAAAAUGUUACCACUCUUUUUAAAAAUGUUAAGCAGCCUUUUGCAAAAAGUUCUCAUUGAAUUGUUUGCAUGUCGUAUUUCCUCCCACUGUUUGGAUUUUCCUGGAAACCAGCGAAACUUCAGCUCUAUUAAUCAGGGAAGUUAUGUGGAUUUAUCUUUAUUGUACAUUGUAUUUAUCCUAAACAAUACUGCAUAGGUUUUUAUUAUUGAAUAAAUAUUGUAUUAGUGUGAUUCAUGUUUAUACCUUUUAUUGUAAUAGAGUUUGUUAUAAGUUCAACAAGUUUGCUGUUCAGUUUGUGACUAUUUUACUGUUUAUUCUUAAAACUAAGGGGAAAUAAAAAAAUGUAAAAAUCAUAA